AAAAAAAAACAAAAGAAAGCAAAAUAAUAAAUAAACUGAAUUUUAAUUUUUGAGGUCAGAAAAUGAAAGCAAUGCAGAACCCUAAUCUACCACCUGUGUAUGAAUGAGUUGUGAUAGAGACAUAUACAGUAAGAAAUUAAGCGCGAAAUGAAGAAAACAACAAAACGUCCUUCCAAGAAAUCAUUCCCCGUCGAAAAUGGAAAUGCCUCUCCUUCCAACCCGCAACCGGGUGAUGGUGGAGAAAGAACGGUGAAAAAGGUAAAAUUAUCGAAGGCACUCACAAUCCCUGAUGGAACAACGGUUACUGAUGCAUGUAGACGAAUGGCGGCUCGUCGCGUCGAUGCUGUUCUGUUAACUGAUUCCAGUGCUCUUCUUUCAGGAAUUUUAACUGAUAAGGAUGUUGCUACUAGAGUUGUUGCCGAGGGGUUGUCACCGGAUGUCACAACCGUGUCCAAAGUUAUGACACGGAAUCCUAUCUUUGUUACAUCCGAUACACUCGCUAUUGAUGCUCUUCAGAAGAUGAUUCAGGGUAAGUUCAGGCACCUCCCGGUUGUGGAAAACGGCGAAGUAAUUGCCAUAUUGGAUAUCACCAAAUGUCUUUAUGAUGCCAUAGCUAGGGUGGAGAAGGCUUCUCAGCAAGGGGGUUCCUUUGCUGCUGCUGUAGUUGAUGGGGUGGAACAUCAGCGAGCUCCAAAUAAUUUCAUUGAUACAUUGAGGGAGCGCGUGUUCAAGCCUUCCUUGGCAACUAUACUUGGUGAAAAUACAAAGGUUGCUAUUUCAUCAGCAUCAGAUCCUGUCAGUGUAGCUGCAAAAAGGAUGCAAGAUAUCCGUGUCAGUUCAUCUGUGAUUGUAACGGAAACCAAGAUUCAGGGGAUAUUGACUUCAAAAGACAUUCUCAUGCGUGUUAUGGCUCCAAAUCUUUCCCCAGAUACGACCCUAGUGGAAAAGGUAAUGACUCCAAACCCACAAUUGGCAACAUUAGAGACAACAAUUAUUGAUGCCCUACAUAUGAUGCAUGAUGGGAAGUUUUUACAUCUUCCUGUGGUGGACAAAGAUGGAAACGUUGUUGCUUGUGUGGAUGUUUUGCAGAUAAGUCAUGCUGCAAUUUCUCUGGUCGAAAAUAGCUCUGCUGGAAAUGUUAAUAAUGAUGUGGCAGGCACAAUUAUGCAAAAAUUUUGGGACUCAGCUUUUUCUCUUGAGCCUCCUGAAGAUUACGACACUAACAGUGAAAUAUCUGGACAACUGACUUUGGAUGGGGCAGAUACCACAAAGUCUACAUAUCAAUCUGCAGGUUUUGGAAAUUCAUAUAGUUUUAAAUUUGAGGAUCGCAAUGGUCAAGUGCAUCGUUUUAACUGUGGUGAGUGGACAUCUUUGGAAAAGCUUUGCUAUAACUUAAAUAUCUUAAUAGUUUCUGGUGCAACUAACAUCUUGUGUAUAAAACCUACGCCUUGUAACUUUUUUCCUACCAUGUUUUAUACUUGUAAGAACUUACAAUUUUUUGCCUUUGCAAUUUUUGUAGGUUCUGAACAUCAAGAGGAGCUUGUAUCAGCUGUCAUGCAGAGAAUUGGUGCUACUAACGAUGGAGAACGCCCUACAGUGAUGUAUGAAGACGAUGAAGGUGAUAAAAUUAUUAUUGCAACUAAUAACGAUCUUGCUGCUGCUGUCAGCUAUGCUAGAUCUGCAGGACUGAAGGCUCUAAAGUUGAAUUUGAAGUUUGCUGAUUCUCCCAAACAGACUCGAUCAAACACUGGUACAGCCACUGACCAGAAAACCAGUGUAGUGUCCUACCGCACUGGUAUUUUUGCAGGUGCUGUUGCUCUAACAAGCAUUGGCAUAUUGGUCUACUUAAAGCGCGCCAAUCAGUGAUAUGUUUGCCAGUUUGGAAACAGAACAUGCAGCCGUCACUGCAUAAAUUGCGAGUUCUAUCAUGAAUCAAUUAUUUACUGCACACUGAAUAGGCAAAUUAAUAGAAGCUCUUCUAAUCGCCAUUUUUUUUCAGUCUCUGAUGUAAGUUCACCCGGUAACCUUAUAUGUAUAAAGCCGUGGCAUGCAAUAAUCAAAUGUCACAAUAUUCUUCUAUGUAUGUAUCCAAGUUGUUCAGUUCAUAUCGGAAUAUCUGCAAUUUUUCCAGCCGUGGUAAUACGGUGAAGUUCUGUCAUCAGUUUUAACUUUUUUUAUUGAAAAAUAAUAUUUGUUAGGUGAAAAUUGAGAACAAUGUAAACAUUUCUUAUACUGUAUGUCGUAAUUUUAAACACCUAAAAAAAUGAAACAAAUGCAGGUGGAUAUGUUUAUUUA